AUCGGUAAAUAAUGAGACCGACUUAAUGUGCCAAGCCUUGACCCUUGACCCCUGACCCUUGACUUCGGAAGAACUUGAAUUCCUGAAUAGCUUCAAUUGCUGAAUUUUGAUUCAAGGUUGAAUUAGAUCAACCUUGCCCCUCCCUUGCCGACUGUGCGCAAUUCGACACAUAUAUGCCGCCCGUCAGGUGCGAAAUGAUAGCAUGAUACAGCCGCGAAUCUUUUCCCUCUCAGCUCGGAGGGUAUUGACAAACUGUCAAUGCUCUUCGUCGAGCUUUUCCCUCCGAAGCUUUGCGACGGUUCGCGAGGCUGUAACUCCCCCCGACCCCUCCGUCGAUCCUUUUUCGUCGGUCUCCAAGCCUGCCAAGAAAUAUGUACCAGCCAUAACGAAGUCUGACAAGGAGUCUUCAGAAAUUAUACGCACCUACAAGCCUAGAACACCCGGUGUACGACACUUAAGACGGCCUAUCAACGAUCACUUAUGGAAAGGCAGGCCCUUCCUCCCAUUGACCUACCCGAAGAAGGGCAUGGCCAAGGGUGGGCGUAACAAUAAUGGGCGCAUCACAGUUCGGCAUCGUGGCGGAGGUGCAAAGCGAAGAAUAAGAACAGUGGAUUUUCACCGUUGGGUCGCCGGCCCUCAUACUGUCGAGCGAAUCGAAUACGAUCCGAAUCGUAGCGCGCACAUUGCUCUGCUCAAUGAGGAUGCCACUGGCAAGAAAACAUACAUCAUAGCUGCCGAGAGUAUGAGAGCCGGAGAUGUGGUACAAAGCUACCGGUCCGGUAUCCCCCAAGACCUUCUCGAGAGCAUGGGCGGCGUGAUCGAUCCAGGUAUCCUCGCUGCUAAGACGGCACAUCGUGGAAAUUGCCUACCACUACAUCUUAUUCCUAUAGGAAUGCCCGUGUAUAAUGUUGGCUCCCACCCGAAGGGAGGUGCUGUCUUCUGCCGAAGUGCAGGCACUUUUGGUGUCGUCGAGAGUAAGGACGAGGAAAUGAGAGACGAUGGUGUGAAGGUCGUGACUGGUAAAUAUGUCACCGUCAAGCUGCAGAGUGGUGAGGUUCGGAGAGUUAGUAAGGAUGCGUGCGCAACCAUUGGCGUUUCGAGCAAUCCUCACCACCAUUACCGCCAGCUUGGUAAGGCUGGUAGAAGUCGAUGGCUGAAUAUUAGGCCAACAGUGCGUGGUGUAGCAAUGAACAAAGUGGAUCAUCCUCACGGUGGUGGCCGUGGCAAAUCAAAGGGUAACCGACACCCAACGAGUCCCUGGGGCACACCGUCAAAAGGUGGUUACAAAACCCGCAGGAAGAAUAACCCCAACAAAUGGGUUGUGGUUCCCAGAGUUCGAAACAUGGGCAAACGAAGAGACAAGAAGGGUAAGGAGUGAUAGAACCAAUUUUCGUCGAGAUAGUUCUAUGCGCUUUACCCACCUGUAUCAUAUAAACUCUUCGCAGGUAGAACGAGGCGUACAUAUCGAAUGUACCAUACUGAACGAAGCUUAAGUCUUGUUUUCUUGCCAUAGAUAGUGAAGCAUGGUAGGUUCAGACGUUCUUUACAUCUAUGACAUGUUUCUGAGUAACAUCCCCGUCUCCUACACUAUCCCGUACUAGCACUGGACGUGAGCGGUCCUCACAUUUCUUGAUAAGUCGAUAAUUUGACUUACUAGAACAUGUGUACUCGUUAAUAAUGGAUUGCCUAAAAAAAAAAAAUUUGGUGAGAGCAAUGCAAUUCCGAUGACUCGUGUAUUUGCCUUGUGUCGACGAUAGAACGUAAUUCGCAAUGGUGACAAUUAAAACAGAGAGCACUAUCUGUACUACUUAUGGACCUCAUACAGCAUCCAACGGAGCUCGCAUAUCACUUGCU